CUCCCCUUCCGGCUGAAUGGAUCGCUCCGCCCGGUCCCUCCCCAGCUCCUUGGGUGCAAUGGAAUGUUCCAUUGCCUCUCCGGUUCGCGGUACGCGUUUCAGGGGACGCUCUCGCUGUUGUCAGGGAAAGCCCCGGACGUGACGGCUUUCCGCGACCCCGAGCACCCCCCCUCCCAUCCGUCAUACCCCUGCGCGUUCCCCUAGUCCCCCUUUCCCUCCUAAUCUGUGGAUUCCAGACUGGGUACAAGUAAACAGCUGGCGGAGCGAAGCCUCCAGACCCAGGCCAGGUGGGAGUCUCCACUCUCCAUGGAGCCCGGGCUGCUGCUCUGGGGCACUUGCUGAACCCGGAGUUGUGCAUGGCCGAGGUGGGAGCAUGCCGGGGCUAUGGAGGCAGAGGCUCCCUUCGGCGUGGGCUUUGCUCCUCCUGCCAUUCCUGCGGCUGCUGAUGCCCGCAGCCCCCGCACCCCACCGCAGUUCCUACAAGCCAGUGAUCGUGGUGCACGGGCUCUUUGACAGUUCCUACAGCUUCCGCCACCUGCUGGACUAUAUCAAUGAGGCCAACCCCAGUGGCUGCAUUGCCCCCUUCCCACAGACACACCCCGGGACUGUGGUGACUGUACUUGAUCUCUUCGAUGGCAGAGAGAGCUUGCGGCCCUUGUGGGAACAGGUGCAAGGGUUCCGAGAGGCUGUGGUCCCCAUCAUGGAAAAGGCUCCUGAAGGGGUGCAUCUCAUCUGCUACUCCCAGGGGGGUCUGGUGUGCCGAGCUUUGCUGUCUGUCACAGAUGAACACAAUGUGGAUUCUUUCAUCUCCCUCUCCUCUCCACAGAUGGGACAGUAUGGAGACACAGACUACUUGAAGUGGCUCUUCCCUACAUCCAUGCGGUCUAACCUCUAUCGGAUCUGCUAUAGUCCUUGGGGCCAGGAGUUUUCCAUCUGCAACUACUGGCAUGAUCCUCACCAUGAUGACUUGUACCUCAAUGCCAGCAGCUUCCUGGCCCUCAUCAACGGGGAAAGAGACCAUCCCAAUGCCACCGCGUGGAGGAAGAACUUCCUCCGAGUGGGCCGUCUCGUGUUGAUUGGGGGUCCUGAUGAUGGAGUCAUCACUCCCUGGCAAUCUAGCUUCUUUGGUUUCUAUGAUGCCAAUGAGACAGUCUUGGAGAUGGAGGAGCAGCCGGUUUAUCUGCGAGACUCCUUUGGGUUGAAGACUCUCUUGGCCCGGGGGGCCAUAGUGCGGUGUCCAAUGGCUGGGAUCUCUCAUACCACCUGGCACUCCAAUCGCACGCUGUAUGAUGCCUGCAUCGAGCCAUGGCUGUCCUGAAGAUGUCCUCAGGGAUUCCCCAGCCCAGAGACCAAGUGGUGGCCUUGGGAAGCAGAUGCCAGACUCUGGCAAACCUGUGACCACCUCCUCGCUCCCACACUGCCCUGCCCCACCAGGGUUCCCUGGAUCCUCCUCCCCUCUGCUCCUCUGAGAAUGACAGGUCCUGGUCCCCUACCUCAUGUCCUCAUCUGGGGAUGUCUCCAUGCUCUCCCUUUCUCCCACAGCUGAGGUUGGGAAGCGAGCACCAGGGUUUUUUAACUGGCUUCAUCGCUGCUCCUCCUCCUCCGGGUCUGGCUGUACCGGAGGACCCAGCCCCUGCCCAUCACAGGGGUGUCUUUCCAGGCCACUCAGGACAUUUUUAGCUUCUAUUGUCCCUGUGCUUUUUUUCUCUCAACUCCCCUGUCGUCAGCCUCCCCACCAAGAGGGACGCUCGUAAGAGGGGUUCUGAGGGUCCCCUAUGGGGACAAUUCCACAUUUGAAGUGUCAGUGUUGGGGAAUAUCUGUGGCCUGCAAGGCCCAUCUCAGGUUUGGGGAUUCCCCCAGUCCCUAUGAUCAGUAUUGGGGUAUCCCUGGGAGCCUAGGUUCUUUGAGGUCCCAGCCCCUCUUUUAAGUACCCUUGAUUGGGUGUUCCCUGUAUUUAUAGAAAUAAAGUUCCAUUUCCUCAG